UGGUACAGUGACAUUUCCCCCAAGUUGAGAGUGACCCUCUUCCUCCCACUGCCUCAUCUCCAUUCCAGCCCUUCUUUUCCUGAUCUGGAAGUUCACAGUCACAUGCGGGAGACCUUUUAGGAGCCCAGCUUAGGCCAGUGCAGCCUUUCCCCGGGGAGGCCCAGGCUGCGGCCCCGUCUUCCAGAGUCUGUGGGUCCAGGAGAUGCUCCAAGUCAGCAAACUAUUCUCCUGAGAGUUUCUGUUGCUUACGUGUUCUUUGUGGCUUGGACAUUGUCUGUGGCAAGAAAAAUGAUGUGCCCUCCCUGUCCCCAUGCUUUGCUCCCGAUUCCCCUCCUUUUCUGGUCCCGGGCCUGGAGGACAUUCCGGGCUUUUGUUUCAUUAGGAUGUAAUUACUGGCUGGAGAGGGCCCUAAGAUUCCUGGGGAGGGAGGUCUGUUAAGGUACCCGCUCUGUGUCUUUGGGAAACGCCUUGAAAUGAUGCACUGCGCUAGGCUCUGCUGCUCCUGGAGAGCAGCGUGUGGUCACAUUUGGGGGAGGCCGUGGCGAGGGCUGGCAGUUACCCCGCGUGUCCUCGUGGCGGAGCCUGCACAGGCCUCUGCCCCUGCGCCUGCCUUGGCCGUUACAGGAGGAAACCUGGACUUUGCGCGGUCCCGUGGACGUGGAGAAAUCGUGCCCUGGGCUGAUUCCCGGCUCCACUUUAUAUAGGCUGGCGUUUCCGUAACUGAAGGUGUGGCAUUGAUUUAACAUGCUCCUCGGAGAACUCAGCUCUGCUUUUGGAGAGGUAUGGUGGAGGAGGAGGCAGAGGGGAAAGAGGAGGAAGAGGAAUGUGUGUGGCUUUAAAAAAAAAAAACAGCUGCUGUUUAUUGAGUGCUUCCUCUCUGCCAGGUAUUACACUAAGAGCAUCACGUGAAUUAACCCGUUUAAUCUGUGGAUAACUCCACGGGGUACCACCAUCUCCAUGUGACGGAAGGAAGAGCAGAGGCACAGAGAGGUUGAGGAGCUUGCAGGGUGGCAGCAGGACUAGGUCCCGACCACUCUGUAUCCUCUGCACCCGGCCUGACUUCACUGUAGGGUGACCACUUGACUGUCCAUCUUCAGCCAACCAAUGGUUGGUCACCCCACUUGCGUGGCCUUGGCUGCUGGUUCAGGCCUGUUGACUGAGAGUCUUUCAUUCAGCCCCUGUCCAUGUUGCCAUUGAGCUCAUCAAGGAAAUUUAACACCCACAAAAAUACACCACAGGGCCGGUCCUCCAGGCCCUGGAGUCCAGGGGAAGCGCCCGGCCUUCAGCUGGGGCCUGUGCUCUCUCCGGAGGAGACAAUUCCCUGUAAGUGGUGUGUCAUUUCCUAGACUCUGAAGAAGAGUGAGCGCUGUGACUCAGGCGCCGGAUGUGAGUGGGGUGGGGUGUGACUGGCCUGGAUGGAUGGACACUGGGAAGAAGUGUUGGAGGAGGGGAGAUGGCCGUGCAGCCCCCCAGCCUGUUUUGUGGUGUAGACCAGCCUGUGGUACCACCAGUGAAGGUGGGGAGGUGAAUCUGCUUCCUGGGAAGCGCCUUUGGGAGAACGACUUGCAUCAUCAGCAAGUGACACACCAUGAUUUUCCACUUUUCUCCCGGUUCCUGGAGCUCUCCAAUCCCCACAGCCCACCGUCUGCAGCUGGAAAGGAAAAAAGCAAAAUGAGAGUGUACUCUUAAAACAUUUUGAGACCCUGAAUUAGGAAGUCUUUGGGCUGCAGAGCUGAGACAAACCUCUCCCUGGGGUGAGGCCACCCAUUGGGCCUUCGGAGCCGCACUGCCUGGGUUCAAAUCCCAGCCCGGCUACUUGUGUGAUCUGGGGUGGGUGACUUAGAGGGAAGGGCGUGAAAGGCAUUUUGAACAGGGUCUGGUUCAUUGUGUGCAAUACAAGAACAUCUUAGCUGUUAAUACCCGCGGCUCAGGGAAGCCAAGAGGCUGGGUUAUCUUGAAGGAAGGCGUCCCUUAGGUCAAGGGACAUCUAGGAAGGCCCGAGCGGGAUUAUUUCUGGCCUAUCACAAGACACAGGUUCAGGGAGGAUGUCGUCACACGCUUGGUUCCUAAAUACUCAGUAGACCUCGCCCUAUUAUUAAGAUUUCAGUGAAUUGGCACAGGAGGGGAAAAUUCUGCUGCUUCCUGCUCCAUGCCAAGCUGUUUCCCUGAGUCACUGCUCUGGCCUUUUCUUCUAGACCGCUCUACUCCCUCGCCCACGUUAACUCCUUCAGAACCAGACUUAUUUUGGGAUGGAGGGGGUGGGCCAGCCCUGUAAGAAUCCCAGGUCCUGCUACUUGCCAGGAAGGUCUUUCAGAUCAAGGGUGAACCGUUUCCCUGGUGAUUCACUGUCCAGCGGCUGUGUGUCAUCAUUCAUGAUUACACAUGAAAUGCGUGUAGAAAUAUGUCCCUGUCAGAAUUAAAUCAUUAAAGAGGGGAGGGAAACCCCCCCCACAAAACCUUUGACUCAGCUUUCUAGAAAAGGUCCUCAAGGCAGCUUUGUUACCGUGACUACAGCAAGGUUCCCACCCACCGUUCUAUCACCAGCAGAGGCCUAGCCUCCAUUGGAGUGGGUAGGUUUUUAAGUUAGAAUGCUGGCCCGCUGUCUCAUAUCUGGGAAGGACACUGAAUCCAGCCAGCAUUUCUCAAUUUUUCUCCCUAAGAGGCUUCAGUGAAAGCCUCUGCUGUUGACAGAUGUGUCUGUUGUGUGGAAUCUAUUAGAUUUCUACCCCUUGGAUACAGCCACUGAAUGCUCAUUAACUCUGGAGGGAGUCGGUGUGUUUGUAACCAGGAAUGGAAUUGGGGAUUUUCUCUUUUGCUCAGACUAGAGGGUUGGGGAUCCUCUUAGGUACGGGCAGCCUUGGGGCAGACUCCUCCUCUCACUGUGUUAGACCCUGCUGGCCUUUCGUUUCCUGGUGGCCUCAGGUAAAACUGUCUCUUUGGCGCUCAGUGGCUUAUGCGUAUAUUCAUUUCUAGGGAUUCCCCCCGCCCCGCUUUCACACGGCAUUAAAGAAUUGCAAAGUUAAAAUAGACUUUACGAUCCUCUGGCCCUGUAGUUUUUUAAUCUUUAGAGUUGAUGUCUCCUGUGAGAAGGUGACGAAGGCUAUGGCCCCUCUUCCCAAGAAACUGUCUCCACGUACAGAACCUUGGCACGCGGAUCGUGGGGCCCUGAAGCAUUUUCGUGGGCUCCGGAUCCUGGCUCCACAGAGAGAACAGCCCAGAAAAGAAAGUUCCCCAGCCCUCCGCAUUCCUCCAAUGGCCACUCGCCACAGGACACAUCAACAAGCCCCAUUAAAAAGAAAAAGAAACCCGGCUUACUGAACAAUAACAAUAAAGAACAGUCAGAACUAAGACAUGGUCCGUUUUACUAUAUGAAGCAGCCACUCACCACAGACCCUGUUGAUGUUGUACCGCAGGAUGGACGAAAUGAUUUCUACUGCUGGGUUUGUCACCGGGAAGGCCAAGUCCUUUGCUGUGAGCUCUGUCCCCGGGUUUAUCACGCUAAGUGUCUGAGACUGACAUCGGAACCAGAGGGGGACUGGUUUUGUCCUGAAUGUGAGAAGAUUACAGUAGCAGAAUGCAUCGAGACUCAGAGUAAAGCCAUGACCAUGCUCACCAUUGAACAGUUAUCCUACCUGCUCAAGUUUGCCAUUCAGAAAAUGAAACAGCCAGGGACAGAUGCGUUCCAGAAGCCCGUUCCAUUGGAACAGCAUCCCGACUAUGCGGAAUACAUCUUCCAUCCCAUGGACCUUUGUACAUUGGAAAAGAACGCUAAAAAGAAAAUGUAUGGCUGCACAGAAGCCUUCCUGGCUGAUGCAAAAUGGAUUUUGCACAACUGCAUCAUUUAUAAUGGGGGAAAUCACAAAUUGACGCAAAUAGCGAAAGUAGUCAUCAAAAUCUGUGAGCAUGAGAUGAAUGAAAUCGAAGUUUGUCCAGAGUGUUAUCUAGCUGCUUGCCAAAAACGAGAUAACUGGUUUUGUGAGCCUUGUAGCAAUCCACAUCCUUUGGUUUGGGCAAAACUGAAGGGGUUUCCAUUCUGGCCUGCGAAAGCUCUGAGGGAUAAAGAUGGGCAGGUUGAUGCCCGUUUCUUUGGACAACACGACAGGGCCUGGGUUCCAAUAAAUAAUUGCUACCUCAUGUCUAAAGAGAUUCCUUUUUCUGUGAAAAAGACCAAAAGCAUCUUCAACAGUGCAAUGCAAGAGAUGGAGGUUUACGUGGAGAACAUCCGCCGGAAGUUUGGGGUCUUUAAUUACUCUCCAUUCAGGACGCCCUACACGCCCAACAGCCAGUACCAAAUGCUGCUCGACCCCUCCAACCCCAGCGCUGGUGCUGCCAAGAUAGACAAGCAGGAGAAGGUCAAGCUCAACUUUGACAUGACGGCGUCGCCCAAGAUCCUGAUGAGCAAGCCGAUGCUGAGCGGGGGCACAGGCCGCAGGAUCUCCUUGUCGGACAUGCCACGCUCCCCCAUGAGCACCAACUCCUCCGUGCACACAGGCUCCGACGUGGAGCAGGACGCCGAGAAGAAGGCCACGUCCAGCCACUUCAGCGCGAGUGAGGAGUCCAUAGACUUCCUGGACAAGAGCACAGCUUCACCAGCCUCCACCAAGACAGGACAAGCGGGGAGUUUAUCUGGCAGCCCGAAACCUUUCUCUCCUCAAGUAUCAACACCGAUCACGACGAAAACGGACAAGACGUCCACCACGGGAAGCAUCCUGAAUCUUAACCUGGAUCGAAGCAAGGCCGAGAUGGAUCUGAAGGAGCUGAGUGAGUCGGUCCAGCAGCAGUCGGCCCCUGUGCCUCUCAUCUCUCCCAAGCGGCAGAUUCGCAGCAGAUUCCAGCUAAAUCUUGAUAAGACGAUAGAGAGUUGCAAAGCACAAUUAGGCAUAAAUGAAAUCUCAGAAGAUGUUUAUACGGCUGUAGAACACAGCGAUUCUGAGGAUUCCGAGAAGUCAGAUAGUAGCGGUAGUGACUCUAUCAGUGAUGAGGAGCAGAGGUCCAAGAAUGAGCCGGAAGAUGCCGAAGACAAAGAGGAUGCUCAGAUGGACAAAGAGCCAUCUGCUGUCAAAAAAAAGCCCAAACUGGCAAACCCCAUGGAGACAAAAGAGGAGCUGAAAGUCAGCACGUCGCCAGCCAGCGAGAAAGCAGACCCAGGCUUGGCCAAGGAGAAGACGAGCCCUCAGCCCGACAAGGACUUUUCAGACAAAGCAAAACCCUUGCCUCAUCCCACAAAGGAUAAGCUGAAGGGAAAAGAUGAGACGGAUUCCCCAACAGUGCAUUUGGGCCUGGACUCCGAUUCAGAGAGCGAACUUGUCAUAGAUUUAGGAGAAGACCAUUCUGGGCGGGAGGGUCGAAAAAAUAAGAAGGAACCCAAAGAACCGUCUCCCAAGCAGGAGGUCGUAGGUAAAGCUCCACCAUCCACGACGGCGGGCAGCCAGUCUCCCCCCGAAACGCCGGUCCUCACCCGCUCUUCUGCCCAAACUCCCACGGCUGGUGUCACGGCCACCACCAGCACCACAUCCACGGUCACGGCCCCGGCCGCCGCUGCCACAGGAAGCCCAGUGAAAAAGCAGAGGCCGCUUUUACCGAAGGAGACUGCCCCGGCCGUGCAGCGGGUCGUGUGGAACUCCUCAAGUAAGUUUCAAACGUCCUCCCAAAAGUGGCACAUGCAGAAGAUGCAGCGCCAGCAGCAGCAGCAAAACCAGCAGCAAAACCAGCAGCAAAACCAGCAGCCUCAGUCUUCCCAGGGGACGAGAUAUCAGACCAGACAGGCCGUGAAAGCUGUCCAGCAGAAGGAGAUCACGCAGAGCCCGUCCACCUCCACCAUCACCCUGGUGACUAGCACCCAGUCGUCGCCCCUGGUCACCAGCUCGGGGUCCACGAGCACCCUCGCCUCUUCAGUAAGCGCAGACCUGCCCAUCGCCACCGCCUCAGCAGAUGUUGCCGCGGACAUCGCCAAGUACACUAGCAAAAUGAUGGAUGCAAUAAAAGGCACAAUGACGGAAAUAUAUAACGACCUUUCUAAAAACACUACUGGAAGCACAAUAGCCGAGAUUCGCAGGCUGAGGAUUGAGAUAGAGAAGCUCCAGUGGCUGCACCAGCAGGAGCUCUCGGAAAUGAAACACAACUUGGAGCUGACCAUGGCUGAGAUGCGGCAGAGCCUAGAGCAGGAGCGGGACCGGCUCAUCGCCGAGGUGAAGAAGCAGCUGGAGCUGGAGAAGCAGCAGGCGGUGGACGAGACCAAGAAGAAGCAGUGGUGCGCCAACUGCAAGAAGGAGGCCAUCUUCUACUGCUGCUGGAACACCAGCUAUUGUGACUACCCCUGCCAGCAGGCCCACUGGCCUGAGCACAUGAAGUCCUGCACCCAGUCAGCGACCGCGCCUCAGCAGGAAGCAGAUGCCGAGGUGAACACAGAAACACUAAACAAGUCAUCCCAGGGGACCUCCUCCAACACGCAGGCAGCCCCCCCGGAAACCAGCAGCUCGAAAGAGAAGGAGACGCCAGCCGAGAAAAGCAAGGACAGUGGCUCGACCCUCGACCUUUCUGGCUCCAGGGAGACGCCCUCCUCCAUUCUCUUAGGCUCCAACCAAGGCUCUGACCAUUCCCGGAGCAGUAAGUCCAGUUGCUGGAGCGGCAGCGAUGAGAAACGGGGAUCGGCACGCUCUGAGCACAACGCCAGCACCAGUUCGAAGAGCCUCAUCCCGAAAGAGUCUCGGCUGGACACCUUCUGGGACUAGGGACACGUUGGGGCACAAGUCACCCAUCCCAUGGAGGAAAAAAAAACCAGACACCAGGAAAACUGGAAACAGUAAAGAAAUGUGAGACAGGAGAAUCGCCACCCUCAAACUGGAGGAUUCCAACCAUUCAGACUUGGCCUUUGCACCUGGCAUGGAGGGCAGCCCACACUACGUCACGUCCAGCAUUAGCCUUGACAGAGGAGUGUUCCACCCACAUGAAACCUGUGCUUUAGAUGUAAAUAAUGUACAAUUUGUGGAUGUCAUUGAGCCUAGAGUACCUUCCCCUUUUUAUAUUUGUAUUGACUUUAACUUAUAAAAAAAAAAAGAGAGAGGGAAAAACAAUUAAACAAAAAGAAACACACCCAACAACAAAAGGAAUGUUUGAAUGUUGGAACAGGGAUGGUCAGCCAGCCCACCUGUCACAGUGGUAUGGAGAGGGCGUGGGGAUCACCGUGGCCCACAGGUCCUCAUCCUGGGAUGCCCAGGGGAAAGUGAGCCGUUUCCAUUCUUAUGUCUGUACACAGCACAUUGGGAUCAGGAGUUUCCAGCACAGAUUCGGUGCUGUCGUGGGCACGUCACAUCCAACCAUUGGCCCUUUUCAAAUGCUGUGUUAUCAUGUUUUAAAAGACAAGCUCUCUGGACCAGAAGGACAUGUGGAGGAGCUCGUUUAUUUUAUGUGAUUUCCAUGAUGACUCUACUCCUAUAAAAGGGAAAAAAAAACCAAUGUCCUUGUUUACAGAAUAUCAACUAGAAACAAGCCCUGCUCAGCUCAGUUGCGGAAGGGAAGAACUUAGAGAGCGUUCAAGUCAGAAGCUCUGAAACAGAUCUUUUCUUUGCUUUGUGGUUCCUUUAAAGACACUCACACCCACCUGGUAGGAGACGGGCCGUGCUUUGCGGAAGUGAGAAGUCAAAGGCGAGACGCACGCGGAGGACAUUUCAGUCUGGGAUGAAGCAUGUAUGUAUUAUUUAUGUUUUUAUGUCAGCAUGAAACAAAGGCAGUGUGAGAAGACGCAGGACACCGCUGUGCUGUCUGUUACACUACGUAUGCUGUAGUACCAUUUUGUAUGUUGUGUAAAACAAGAAGCAUUGAACAAAGCAAAAAGGUGAUGUAUGUAUAUGAGAAAAAUUAAUUGUACGAUAUCAUUCCAGUACCUUCUGUUGUACAUUUUAGUCUCGUUUCCUUUCUCUUCAUUGUUGAUAAGAGGAUGCGAACUGUACAGUUUCCAGCUAGUUACCCAUAUUAGAGAAGAAAUAAAAAGAGAGUAUUAGAAGAAAACAGGAGAGAAAGAACAUUUGUGAAUUGCAGUUGUCAAAAAAAAAAAAUAGCCUAGCUGGCCUUAUUUGUGAAGCAUAAUUGCUUUUAGCAUAUGGAAGUAUUUUUUCACAUUUUCUUUGUAUAAAAUUUGUAUUAAACUUAAAUAUCUUUUUUGAUGAUGGUGUUUCUUUGUGACUGAGCCAGUGGACUCACACGGUAUGCUCUUUUGGGUUCCCCCACCCCCCAAUUUUUUCAGAUUCUUCACCUUUUUUUAAUUAAACUGUUUUGGAAAAAUGG